CACAUCACUCUUCCUCACUGUGCAUCUCAGACUCAGAUCUCUGUAACGCUCACUCGUCACUCAAUAACUCCAAACCCACAAAGCCUUUCUUCACGUCUUGGUCAAGAACGAAGCUUGCAGACGGCGGCGAGAACGGCUGUUCCGGUUUUGGGCUCCAUUUCAUUCUGAAAUCAACAGCAUGAAUUUUGCAGCUUCUUUAUGCAGAAGACUAAGUGUUAGGGAUCUGGUUUCCAAUGUUCCUGUUUACAACAGUGCUAGUGAGGUUACUGGAGAUGGAUUAAGUUUGAUGUUUAGGCGUUGGGCUACCAAAAAGAGUGCAGGAUCUACAAAGAAUGGACGGGAUUCAAAACCUAAGAAUCUUGGGGUGAAAAAAUUUGGUGGAGAGAGAGUAAUACCUGGCAAUAUCAUUGUACGCCAGCGUGGCACCCGUUUCCAUCCAGGAGACUAUGUUGGAAUAGGGAAGGAUCACACCCUUUAUGCUCUGAAAGAAGGCUGUGUCAAGUUUGAACGAAACAAGCUCACUGGACGCAAAUGGGUACAUGUUGAGCCCAAGGAUGGUCAUGUGCUUCAUCCUGUGUAUGCAGAAGCUGGGGCUCCGAACCUACAGACAGCUGCUUAAUUCUCAUAUUAUCCACACUAUAUGUUGAAAUUUGCAACUCUUAUGUCCCGAGUCCAUAAAUUUUAAGCGGCACUUGAAAUCUUGUAGUUGUAGUUAUUGGUGGUACUGGUAAAUGUUCCGUUCUUGCUUUCAUUUGUUCUUGGUGCAAUUUAGUGCAACAAUUAAUCUGACUCAAAAUUCAAAAUUUCAUCUCUUUAAAAUUAGAUGUCAUUUGUAUUAAAGAUACACGAGUUUCUAGUUGGUAAUAAAAUGCCUUCUCUAGUUUUGUUUUUGGUAUUA